AUGAGGCGAACCUUGAGUGAAAGCAGACAUGAUGUAGAAUUAAUAGCAUCCUCGAUUCGAGGAAAGCUUAACCAGCAGCCUCCAUUGCCAGCGUGUAGUUGCAUCUUUAGAAUCCCUAACGUGCUACGCAGGCAUAACGAAAAAGCUUUUCUUCCGAAUUUAGUUUCAAUAGGGCCAUUUCACCAUGGGCAAAGGAACCUGCAAGUCAUGGAAGAGAUUAAGCUAUGGUAUAUGCAUUGCCUCCUUGACCGAAAACCAACUUCAGAGACGAGGCUGGAGUACCUUAUCGAGCUCAUUAGAAGUAUAGAACAACAGUGUCGAGAUUGCUACGGUGAAAAAAUUGAUAUGAGCAGUGAAAAAUUUGUAGAAAUGAUGGUGGUUGAUGGUUGCUUUAUUAUUGAACUUUUCCGCAAGUAUGCAAGAGUGGUGCCUAGUAACAAGGAUGAUCCAGUGUUCUACACGUUAUGGAUGCACACUGCGCUUAUAAACGACUUGUUUCUACUCGAAAACCAGCUUCCUUGGAGAGUUCUUGAGUGUUUGUUCCACAACACAAGGGAAAACAAUGAUAAACCAGCAACCAAUUCUCUGUUCCAGCUUGCUCUCAACUUCUUUAGGAACUCCACCUUCUCACAGUCUUCACAUCUCAAUGAAGAAGUGGAAAACAAACAUUUACUUGGCAUCAUAAGAAACUCUUUGCUUGGCUCGUAUACACAGUUACAGUUAACGUUCAAAAGUUACUGGGAACCAAUUCCAUCUGUGUCAGAGCUUCUACAAGCUGGAGUUCAGUUUAAGCUUCGAAACACUGGUGACAACAUGCUCGACAUAACCUUCGAGAAUGGAGUGAUGGAAAUUCCGCCAGUAAACAUUCGAGAGAACGCAGAGUCUCUCUUCAGAAACCUCAUCGCAUAUGAGCAGUGCAAUCCAAGCAUCUCCAUUUCUAACAUUACCUCUUAUGCUGUGGUGUUGGACAACCUUAUUAAGUCUAGCAAAGAUGUACACCUUCUCAUUCAGAGAGGAAUUAUAACUACGGUCUUGAGCAAGGAGGACAUAGCUCGUUUCUUCACUAGGCUUUACAAUGACACCAUCCCGGGCUACUUCUCUUAUGCAGAGCUCACCAAGAAUGUGAAUGCGUAUUAUAAAGAUCGCUGGCACCGAUGGCAGACGAUUCUCAGACGUGAUUAUUUCAACAAUCCAUGGUCAAUCUUGUCAUUUGCUGCUGCACUCAUGAUCCUAGAAUCCUCAUCUGAAGUUAUCAUGGUGAAAUAA